GGAGCCGAGGGACAGUACUCGACGCACUCGCUCACCCAGCAAGUAGCUCGAGAGUAUGUCCAAGCGCAUGAGAAACUGGAUGCCGAUGCGAUUGAAGAUGCAGUGGGUGAAACACUGCUCGAGCUGACCAAACUCGAAGAUCUUAAAGCACAAACCUUCGCUGAGCAUCUCGACCGAUACGGCGAGAAGACAGUGCCAGAGGUUUACACCAAGGAGCUGCAUAGUCGAAUCGAGUACCAGAUUGCAUGUUUGGCUCAAGAGAAGCCACUUUACACCAAGGCCAUGGGGACAUACAAGAGAAGCUUGGAGCGAAGUGUUAUGUUCUAUGGUACCCGUGAGCAUCCUGAUGUUGCCCAGACCCUCAACAACAUGGGUGCAGUGGCAAGAUCCCAAGGACGCCUGGACGAUGCACUCGCCUUCUACCAAGAGUCGCUCGACAUCAAUGUCAAGAUCAAUGACACCCGCGAGCAUCCCAGUGUCGCCCAAACGGUCAUGAACAUGGGCAAUGUGGCAAGAUCCCAAGGACGCCUGGACGAUGCACUUGCCUUCUACCAAGAGUCGCUCGACAUCAAUAUCCAGGUGUAUGGCACUCGCGAGCAUCCCGAAGUUGCUAGGACCCUCAACAACAUGGGCAAUGUGGCGAGUGAUCAAAGGCGCCUGGAUGAUGCACUUGCCUUCUACCAAGAGGACUUGGACAUCACCACCAAGGUCUAUGGCACCCGCAAGCAUCCCGAUGUUGCCCAGACCCUCAACAACAUGGGUGGGGUGGCAAGAUCCCAAGGACGCCUCGACGAGGCGCUCACUUUCUACCAAGAGGCACUCGAUAUCAACGGCAAGAUCUAUGGCACACGAGAAAAUCCUGAUGCUGCCAUGAUCCUGAACAACAUGGGUUUGUUGGCAAGUGACCAAGGGCGCCUGGACGAUGCACUUGCCUUCUACCGAGAAUCCUUUAAUAUCAUGGUCAAGGUCUAUGGUACCCGCGAACAUCCCGAUGUUGCCCAGAUUCUCAGCAAUAUGGGUAAUGUGGUAGGUAAUCUGGGAUACUUGGAUGACGCACUUACCUUCUACCAAGAGUCACUGGAUAUCACGAUCAAGGUCCAUGGCACCCGCGAGCAUCCGGAUGUUUCCACAACACUCUUCAAUAUCGGCUUGGUGGCAAAAGACCAAGAUCGUCUGGGAGAAGCUCUUGCCUUCUUCCGAGAAUCACUUGAUAUCAGGGUCAAGGUCAAUGGUACCAGCAAGGAUCCUACUGCUGCCACAAUCCUCGAUAAUAUGGGCAAUGUCGCGAGUUCUCUCGGUCGCCUGAGCGAAGCAGUGGCCUUCUACCAAGAGUCACUCGAUAUCACAAUCAAUAUUGGCGACACUCUUGAGCGGGUCGAUAUUGGACAGAUCAUGAACUGUAUAUGCCAUUACUCGCGACUUCUGGGUGACAUCUCAAAGGCUCUCCAUUAUGCCAGUCGAUGCCUUGAUAUUUAUCUCAAACUCUAUGGUUCCCGUGAACACUCCCCGGUGGCUUGUGUCCUAGAUGAGAUUGGAUGGAUUCACUUUCUUCAAUCCGACUUUCACAAAGCACUCGAAUACCACACAGAGGCCCUCGAU